CAUUUGAUCCUAGAAAAGAAAGAAAGAAUGGUUGUUUGGAGGUAUGAGAGAGGACGUUGAAGAUGGCUACCAACAGCACAGGGAAGACGAGAAGAAUGAAACCAGGAAGAGGGUGCAGAUGUCCUAUUCCCAGGGGAGCGAAAAAUAGCACGGCGGCCACCACCAGCAUUGCCACCAGUGAACCGAUGGCCCACCCACCUUCUUCCUCUUCCAUGAUGUCUAAUUCCACCACUAACAUAAAUAGGGUUUGGUGUCUCUUGGGGAAGAGUCGUAUUUCCAUAUCAUCAGGCAUGGUGGUGUUAGGCUACACCACACGAGAAGAAGUUAUUUCACUUUAUCUUCUUUCUCUGUUCAUGUUUUUGGUCUUCUCUCUGCAACUGCGACUGCGACUGCAACUGCAACGGCUCUUCUCCAUAGCUAUGCUUGCUGAUCGUCAAUCGUCCUCAGAUUCUUCUAUUAGACCUCGAGAUGUUUGCAUUGUGGGUGUUGCGCGUACUCCAAUAGGGGGUUUUCUUGGUUCCCUUUCCUCGUUCUCUGCUACUCAGCUUGGAUCCAUUGCAAUCAACUGUGCCCUUAAGAGAGCAAACGUUGACCCAUCACUCGUGCAAGAGGUCUUCUUUGGGAACGUUCUCAGUGCAAACUUAGGCCAAGCUCCUGCUAGACAGGCUGCCUUGGGUGCUGGUAUUCCCAAUUCAGUCAUCUGCACCACUGUUAAUAAAGUCUGUUCAGCCAGCAUCAAAGCCGUAAUGCUUGCAUCACAAAGUAUCCAAUUAGGCGUUAAUGACGUUGUUGUGGCUGGUGGCAUGGAAAGCAUGUCUAAUGCCCCUAAGUAUUUGUUUGAUGCUGCAAAGUUGAGGAAGCUUAGACCAAGCUUUAAGGAUGGUGGAUCUGUUACUGCUGGCAAUGCUUCCAUCAUUAGUGAUGGUGCAGCAGCAUUGGUGCUAGUGAGUGGGGAGAAAGCUCUUAGGCUUGGUUUGCAAGUAAUUGCUAAGAUAAGAGGAUAUGCUGAUGCUGCUCAGGCACCUGAAUUAUUUCCAACUGCCCCAGCCCUUGCAAUACCAAAAGCUAUUUUGAAUGCUGGUUUGCAGACUUCUCAAAUUGAUUACUAUGAAAUAAAUGAAGCUUUUUCGGUUGUGGUUCUUGCCAAUCAAAAGCUGCUUGGCCUUAAUCCUGAAAAGGUUAAUGUUCAUGGUGGAGCUGUAUCUUUGGGACAUCCAUUAGGAUGUAGUGGAGCUCGUAUAUUAGUCACAUUGUUAGGGGUCCUGAGACAUAAGAAUGGGAAGUUUGGGGUUGGUGUAAUCUGCAAUGGAGGAGGAGGAGCCUCUGCACUUGCCGUUGAACUCAUGCCAGCUGCAAUGGUGGGAUGUUCCAAGUUAUAAAUGAUUUGCAUUCUCCAUUAUCAUACCAUCAUUCAGGUCUAUAUUUCUUUCCUUUUUCCAAUGAAGGGAAUAAUAAGUAUUGAGUAUGUAUGAAACAUUCCAAAGAUAUAAAUAUUGUUACUUCUUGAUCUUACCACCCUCUUACCACCCUUGUGCACUUCUGUUUGGCUUCUGUUUCCUCUUUAUGCUCAGUUCUUUGGUGCACGGGUUGAUAUUUAAAUUCCAAUGUCAUAAGCUAAGAGAAGGUUUGUAUGAAGAAUAAUAGGAUUGAAUAUAGGCUGCAGCAAAUUUGAGAUUGCGGAACGAUUAAAUCAGUUGUUCUACA